CAGUUUACAGUACACUUCUACUAAUUUAUACUCUCCACUAGAAAGUAGAAAGCAGGAAAUCCCUCAAAGUCCUCACUCCUCACUCACUCCCACCCACCAUCUUCACUUGUUCAUCACUUCUGUCAGAUCUCCAAUUCUCUUUCUCUCUCUAUCUCUCACUGUGUCUCUCUAUCGCUUCUUAGAUUUCAGAGCCAUGGCAGUAAGUAACAACAUCACGGCCAUCGUGAACUUCUUUGCCCUCCUCAGCUCUAUACCCAUAAUCGGAGCCGGAAUUUGGCUAGCAUCAAAGCCAGACAACGAGUGUGUCCACCUAUUCCGGUGGCCGGUGGUUCUACUGGGUAUCUUGAUGUUGAUGGUUUCACUGGCGGGUUUCGUCGGAGCAUACUGGAACAGGCAAGGACUUCUUGCUUUCUACCUAUUCUGUAUGGCUAUCCUCAUCGCACUUCUCCUCAUCCUCCUCGUCUUCGCCUUCGUCGUCACCAAGCCCGACGGCUCUUACUCCGUCCCUGGCCGUGGAUACAAGGAGUAUCGACUCUACGGAUUCUCUUCCUGGCUUCAAGAUCAUGUCACCAAUUCCGACAAUUGGCCCAAGAUUAGGACUUGCCUUUCCCAGUCCAACGUCUGCUCCAAGCUCUCCCAGGACUACAUCACCCCAGAUCAAUUCUUCAUGGCUCACAUCUCCCCUCUCCAGUCAGGAUGUUGCAAGCCUCCUACGGUCUGUGGCUAUGGUUACGUGAACCCAACGGUGUGGACAAACGCAGUGAACCCAAGUGCGGACCCUGAUUGCUACUUGUGGAGCAACGACCAGUCGCAGUUGUGCUACUCUUGUAACGCCUGCAAGGCAGGACUGUUGGGGAACCUGAGGCAGGAAUGGAGGAGGGCUAACAUCAUCUUCAUCAUCACCGUCGUCGUUUUGAUUUGGGUCUACCUCAUCGGUUGCAGUGCCUUCAAGAAUGCCCAGACUGAAGACCUCUUCCGCCGUUACAAACAGGGUUGGGCUUAGGAUUUCCCCUCUCCAUUUGCCUUCUUCUGCGCACUUUAGGAUUUUCUCUGUGUGUUCCUUUUCCUUCUAAACUAUUGUACAUAUCAUUUUCCCUUUUAGUGCUCUGUAGUUUUGGAAAUUUUUGAACUUCGAAUUGAUCAAGUUGAUGCAA